AUGAGGCGUGAGGAGGGUGAGACGAGUAGUAGCAUCCCCCGGCAUCCCCGCUCGCCGGUGGUGGGGCCCCUUGAAGAUGAUGACCUUCUCUUGGAGAUCCUCCUUCGUCUGCCCCCGCAGCCGUCGUCUCUCCCUCGUGCCUCCGCCGUUUGCAGGCGCUGGCACCUUCUCAUCUCCGAGCCAGGCUUCUCCCGCCGCUUCCGGCGCUACCACCGCGGCAACCUUCCCAUAAUUGGUUUCUACGACCGAAAUCCUCCAUACCUCUCCUUCGUACCUGCUCUGGAGGGCCCUGAUCGUAUUCCACCCGGGCGAUUGUCCUGGCAGUGUCAGCGUGAAGAAGGACCGGACUUGUCCACCUUCGGAUGUCGCGAUGGCCUCGUACUAGUCCAUGUCAAGCACCUUGAACCGCUAAAGCGCCAUGUUCUGGUGUGGGACCCUAUCACUGGUGAGCAGCACAACCCUGGGAUUCCCCCGGGGUUCGACACAGGGAAACGCUUCAAUGGAGCGGUGUUUCGGUCUGCUGGAGAUGCUGACCACUUCCAGGUGGUCUUGGUAGGCAACGGCGACAAUCAACUACCGGUUGCUAGUGUUUACUCGUCGGAGACCGACGAAUUCCCUACACUGGCUGCUUGGAGCGGGCUCGGUUGGAAUUCUCGAGUUUGA